CUUCCUCGCUCGCGCCCUUCCAUGGCGGCCGUCGCGGAGGAGCCCCCGCUGCGGAGCCUCUGGGAGGAAAUCUGCGCAGAAUUUGAAGCCAAGCAGCCUGUUCAUCCGGAUCAUUUGGAGAAGAAAAAGGAACCUGUGCUUGCCUUACAGGUUCCUGCGGAUGCUGGGGCACUGCCAGAUUUGAGUUGGGAUGAGAGCAAAUCUGUGGUUACUGAAGAAGUGGUCCUUCGGAAGACUCCAUCUCUUCUUGAACCGGUAGCUCCUGAGCUCCCUGAUCUAAAAACAUGUACUCCAAGAGAAUUCUUGGAAUGCUACAUUUUUCCAGUGCUUCUUCCUGGGAUGGUAGAGCUGUUACAUCAAGCUAAGAAAGAAAGAUGUUUUGAGAGGAAACGAACCAGAUUUAUUGCCCUUGAUUUCCUCACUGAAUGGUUAUACAACCACAAUGCAAAGAGAAAGGAUGAACCGUUUGUAGAAUUUUUCGAGAUCCCUUUUGUGAAGGAUUGGCUAAAGGCUCAUCCUAGGCCUCCCGUUCCUCUGUCUCUGUUGUUCACGGAGGAACAAGCCGGCAACAUUAUCCAAUCGUUCUGGAGAGGUCAUCGGAUCCGUUGUGAUCCUGAAGUCCAGGAAUUACGCCAGUGGCAAAAACAUUUGAGGGAGACAAAGAACAUUAACAAACGGGUACGAGAGUUCUGGGCCAAUCAAGAAAAGAAAGUGGGAACCAAGCUGGAAGACUCUGUGCAGCCCAGCCCAAAUCUCUCAAAAACCGUAUUUGCGGAAAUCUCACAGAAGCCUGAGGUCGUACCGAAGAUUAAAGACCAGCCAAGCACCUCCAAGCCUGCAGAGAAUUCAUCAAAGAAGCAUUAGCAGCUGCAAGGAUCAAAAAGAUCUCAUGGGACCAAAUUUGGCUACGGCAGCUGUGCUCAGUGAACUGCACCGUCGCGUGAACAUUGAAACACAAAGCCUUUAAGCAAAAAAUGACCAGGCCAUUGUAAGUAAAUAGUAAUUCUUUAUUUUUUUAAUUUUUAUUUUCUUCAUUAAGAACAGCAUUUUGAAAAUAAAAUGUAUCUUUCUGCCCAGGCUUUACAAUUCUGUUUUUGUUUUGUUUAAAUUUCAUAUCUCUUAUGUACAGUCAAUAUGGUACACAUUGAUUGUCUCAAAAACCUUCCAAAGAUGUAGAAUAUGAAAUGGUACGCAACAGUCAGCAGGAUAGGAAAGGGGAAUAUUAUAAAAAUGCACAUUAAUACAUUUAAUAAAUAUUUACAUAUAUUAUCAAAAGAAGAAGAGAGCACUUGUCAUUUAAUAAAAAGCACCGGUUGGGUUAUCUGGUAGGAUAGUAGAGGAGUCAAAUCUAUUUUUUUUUUCAAAUCUCCUAAUAAAAGCUACAUAAGCUUCUGAUUCUGCUGCUUUUGUUUAGAACUGAAGCUUCAAGCAGCAAAUUAGCCAAAGCAAUGAUGUUCUAGAAAAGCAGAUUUCAGCUAGUAUUGGAAGACAUCUUACUUAACUCAGGAUUCAGCCUGGAAAUGAUCGUGCCCUUCUUGGGACCCGCAAUCAUUCUGAUAUCAUAGACAUGGAAGCACAGGCCUUCUCAAACAUUGGCCAUGAUGAUGGAACACUCUUUCACAGCUUGGACACCCUCCGGAUGCAUGGACUUUAACUCCCAGAAUUCCCCACCAGGGUAGCCAUUGAGUAUUCUGGGAGUCCAAGACUCAUGAUUUUGCUCUCAUCAGGAGAGUGCCAAGGUUGAGAAGGCUGAGCUAGGAGGAAGAACUCGUUAUCCAGGUGAUCCCCACAUAAUUAAAGCUUAAUGGAAAUGGACAGUAGAUUAAUGGGACUGGAUACACAUCUCAGACUCAGAGCCAAUGACGUCAAGCCAGAAACCUCCUUGGGUUCUGAUUGGCCAGCCCUGUUUUCCAUGUAUUUCAUGCAUGACCCUCCAAGCUAUUCAGCUGUGGAAAAGGGGUGCAGCGGACAGGAAGUUAAGACUACUGGACAUGCACCAAGAUUAGUAGAACAGAAGCAUGCUUAACGUUUUUUGGAAUGCGUCUACGAGGCCCAGCACUGUUAAAAGUCACUGGAAAGGUUGCUACCGGCUUUGGGGAAGUACAGCUUACAAGCAGUCAGAGUCAGCCCAAGAAACUGAAGGGAAGGAAAGGAAGAACAAGUUGGUGCUCCCACCCCAUGCAGAAAAGCCUGGCAGAUCAUGCUUCCUCUGUGGAGACAAUGGCCUACCAUCCUCCACCUAAGGCAGCAAGCAAGCAAGCAUGGAGAACAUGCUACCCAACUCUCUCCUUCAACCCUUUGCCACCGCUUAUUAGCAUUUGCUACUUGAUGCCAGGGCUCCAGGACCUGGGCUGCAGAAAUCAAGGCAAGCUCUAGGUGGCUGCAAAGAGGUACAGAAAACUCUACCUUUCUGUUGCCAUCUGGUGGUCAGUUGGAUGUUUCCAGCCCAGUUCUGGUAGUCCUACUAAAACAACUCACUCUUAUGCCAAUCGAUAGAACAUGGAACUUGGCUCGCUGUUUGGAUUGCAUCUGUAAUUCAAACUGUUCCUUUUCAAUUGGCUGGGGGAAAAUUCAUCUCCCCAACUUCUACGUAAUCACCUUCUAUACCAUGCCUUUCUAUCAUUGGGUGGUUGCUGUAUUUUUCUGAAGUUAUAUUAAUUGGCAAUCAUAAAGAACAGAACAACUUUUAUGCUUCCCAAAGCAAGCUACAGGGAAACCCAGGCAGUUCUGCUUCCUGUUAUUAAGUGCCUCCCCAGACGCUCUACAUUCAUAACAACUUUCUUCAAAAGGCAAACAUACAACUUUGUAACUUUUAACAAAAAGAAAUAUAACUUAACACAAGGGUGCCUUUUAAAAGGUUUCUAACAGAGGCAUUUGGGGGGGAGUGGCAGCAGCAGUGAACAUCAGAAACCACAGACUGACUAAUAAUAAUAAUAAUAAUAAUAAUAAUAAUAAUAAUAAUAAUACUUCA